AUGACUGAGGCGACUCGGGAGGCGACUCGGGCGGCGCCCGCGGCGACCACCGCGAGUCGGCCGCCGGGGCCUGCGAUCCCUUCCACAAGGCGUGUAGGGGGGCGUUUCUGGGUCCUCGCGGGUUCGGAUGACGAGGAGGAUGACGACGGGGAUCCAGCCGGCACAUCGCCGGUCGACUACUCACCGACGCCAUCCGACGUGAUUUGCGAGGCCUUCGCCCCUGGUUACUCGGAGGAAGAGGUGGCUGCGUUGGUCGACGAGAUUGUGCCGGCCGAGGAUCCGGCGCGGAUCGGGCUGUGUUCUGAGGACAGGGCGGAGGUUGUUCGCCGGAUCAUUCACCGGAGGACGGCGGCGACGGCGAUCCGGCCUUGGAAAGGGCCUCUACCUAAGGUUAUUUUCCGAGCUACGGCACUGAUCUGUUCGUGGUCGCUACUCACUCCGAUGGAGGCCAGGGAGCAUUUGGUUACUGGAUCUAUCCGUUGGGAGAUGGUAGAUCGGGAUAUCUUCAACCGGUUUGGAUGGCGGUCAUGUAAUAGGAUAGGAAAUUAGUUUACCUAUCUAUUUGUAGCCAGCCGGUUGUGACGUCUUUUCCUGGCUAGUUUGUCUAUCUAGCCUUUUAGGCUCUAUGUGAGCUGCCUUUUCUGUGUUUCAGUUUGAGACUUUGAAACCUUGUUGGCACAUUUUGUUUUAUGGUUAAUAAGAUGGCUGUAUGCAUCACUCUUGAUGCAGAGGCCAGGGA